AUGAGCGACCUCGGCAGUGAGCACAGUAGCGACGACGGUGCCGCGCCGCCGGCGGCCGCCGACCUGCGCGAGUGGGACGAGUGGGAUGACGACCCUGGGGAGGAUGAUGCCACACGCAGCCUCUUCUCGGACGCGGUUCUGCCGUCCCCUGAGGCAUGCUUCGCGCACGACGCUGAACGGCACGGGUUUGACAUCCGCCAGUUCAGGGCGCAG